AUGCAUAUUCCCUUCCUCACUUUUGCGUUCGCCGCAGGCGUCGCUCUCAACCCCUUUCUCGCAUCAUGCGCCGAAAACUCUAAACAUCACCCCCUCCCCUCCAGUUUCGGCGUCCUCCUCUUCCCCGCAUUCGAGGCGCUCGAUGUCUUCGGACCCCUUGACGCCCUGAACCUCUUCUCCGCACAACGCCAACUAAAACUCUCCCUCAUCGCCCCAACCCUCGACCCCGUCUCCACCUCCCCCCGCAGCGCGGCCAUGAACCCCUUCAACUCCACCUUCUCAGAGUCCAUCCUCCCCACCCACACCUUCGACACUGCCCCGCCCCUUGACGUCCUCCUCAUCCCAGGGGGGAUCGGAACUCGCUCCCCAGACCCCUUCUUCGACGAGCAUCUCGCCUUCAUCCGCGAGCAGUUCCCCAAGGUCCGAUACCUAAUCACCGUCUGCACUGGUGCCUUCAUCGCCGCCAGAUCUGGUGUCCUCGAUGGCCGCAAUGCAACUACGAAUAAGCACGCCUGGGCCGAUGCACCAGUGUAUGGGCCCAAGGUAAAAUGGAUCGCGCAUGCGCGCUGGGUUGUUGAUGGUAAGGUGUGGAGCUCGGCGGGUGUGAGUGCUGGUAUUGAUGCUGUGCUUGGGUGGAUUGCAGAGGUGUAUGGGGUUGAUAUUGCAGAGGGGUUGACGCUAGAUAUGGAGUAUGAGAGGCAUGCGGAUCCGAGCUGGGAUCCGUUCGCGGAGCAUUAUAAUAUUACAGACCAUUUGCCGUCGUUGUAG